GAAUGCUAGGAAGUCGAAGAGUUCGUUCUCACGAAUCAUCACUUACUAAUUUAGAUAUUUACAAUCCUAAUUCACCAGUUAGAAUUCAACAACAUAUAGACCAUCAUCUAUUUAAAACUUAAAAAUGUUAGAUUCAACAUCAAAUUAACUAAAAAAAGUAUUGUCCAUAUUUUCAUGAUGAAACUGAUCGUAGAAGAGAUCUCAAAUAAUAUUCUUAUAAGUAAUUGAAAUCUCAAAUAUUAAUUUUUAGAUGUUAAUUAUGCCCGCAAGCUGAUAAUUGUCCAUAAGGUGAUGAAUGUCAAUUUGCUCAUAAUAAAGUAGAGCAAGUAUACCAUCCAAAUAGAUACAAGACUAAAUAUUGUACUCAUAUAAAGGAUUGUGAUUAUGGAGUUUAUUGUUCAUUUGCUCAUAAUGAUCAAGAAUUGAUUAUUCCAAUUAAGUUAGAUGGUAUGGUUCAAGAUAAAAACUUCUGGAUGUUUUAAUAUAAAACAGUUUGGUGUCCUCUUACAAUCAAGUAUGAUUUUUAAUCUUAAAAAACAUAUUUAGUCAUGAUAGAGCAUCAUGUGUUUAUGCUCAUAAUGCAUAAGACUUUAGAAGAGAUCCAAAGAAAUUAUAACCAAAGGAAUGUCCACAUUGGAAUAAAACAAAUUAGAUUUUAAAUUAUGAUAAAGGAGGAUGUCCAGAUUAAGAAGAAUGUAAAUAUUGUCAUGGUUGGAAAGAGUUUGAAUAUCAUCCUCUUAUAUAUAAAACAAAACCAUGUACUUAAUCUAAUUGUACUAAGAAGUUAGGUGAAUGUGCAUUCUAUCAUUCAGAUUAAGAGAGAAGGUACAAUUUUCAGUUAAUAUUUUAUAAGAAUUCGUAAAUAAUUAGCUGAUAAUUAAUGGAUAAUAGAGGAACCUAAUAUUCAUGUUGAGGCAAAAAGACAACCAUAUAAACCUACAUCAAAUUAUCUUGGUCCAAUAAUUCCUAAUUAUAUUCCUUAAGAUUAUAUGAGCAAAGAGAAAUUGGAAAUAGGAUAACCAUUUUGUUAAUAAUCCAUUACAAAUACAAAGACAUCUGAUUCAAAUUCAAGAAGAGGUUCUGAUUUUUCAGAUGGAGCUAAAAUGCAAAAAAAAAAACAUAACAUUCAAUAACAGUUUUAAUCUUAAAAAAAACAUCGAACAGCACCUACAACACCAGAUUAAAAAUAAUUACAUAUAAUGGGCAAUAAUUACACUAUGAAAGUAUAAUAAACUGUUUAAAAUAAUUCAUAUCUUACUUACUCAAAAAAACUUUAUGAAGAAAUACUUAAAUUAAAUGAGGUAAUUCAAAUAUAGUUAUUUUAGGGUGAAUAUAUAUAUAAAAUUUUGUAAGGAUUAAAAAUAUAAGAAUAGAUAUUAAUGUAAAUGAGUGAUCACUAGAUUAAAUAACUUAAUCUUAGUGAAUAAUAGAUUACAUAACUUACCUCAGCAUUAGCUGCUAUUAAAAUAGAGAAAAAAUACGAUGAGCACUGUGGUGAUGAACUUCUUAGUUUGAUAUCAAAUUAAGGCAAAUUUUGAAA